AUGGGAGAAGAUAAAUUUUAUGAUUUUGUGCAAUUUUUUCCUGACUGUGAGAAUGAAAUAGAAAAAUUUAAAGAUCAUAAUAAUCAAACAGAUGUAUGUAUAGACAAAAAAACUCUUCCUGAUAUUGUUGGAACUGGAAAGGCUUUAAACACAGAUCAAUGUUCAUGUGUUUUGUCAUAUUUAUCCCAUAUAAAUAUAAAAGAUAGUACCAAAGGUUCCACAGAAUCUGAUUGUUAUUAUUUGUAUUAUUGGCUUUAUCGUGAACUUGAGAAGGAAAGAAAAAGUGAUCAAACAAAUAAUAUUUAUAAAAAAUUCCUCACAUAUUAUGAUAGUAUUACUGUUAAUAGUGCAGUAUGCGAGGUUUACAAUAAUAUUUCUUUAAGCAAAGAUAUAUUUAUAAAAACGAAGAAUUUAUUUGACGUAUAUAAUCUCAUUAACAGCACAAUAGAAAAUGGGGAAUCUAUUAAUGACCAUAAACAUUCAAAUGCAGUAAAAUGGAUUAUAAAUAAAUAUAAUAAUCAUUUUGGUAUACAAAAUUAUGAGACCAGUGAAAAAGAAGUUGUAUGUUCUUGUAAAAAUAAUAUUGGAGAUCCUAUAAUAAUUACAUUAAUUAUUACAAUAUUAACAUUUAUUUUGUUUUUUGUAUUCUAUAGGUAUAAGGAAUUUGGAUAUUAUUAUGUCAGUAAAAUACUUAGGAAAAGAAAUACAUGGAAUAAUAUGGAUAAUGAAAGAAAUUUACUGCAUGUAUCAGAAAUAUUUAGAAAUAUGUCAAAAAAUAACAUGUAUAAUGUAUCAUAUAACAAUGAAUAA